UCCAUCGCCAUGGACAACGAUGCAGAAGAAGUCCCGCGUUACUUCACCUGUCCCAUAUCUCUCGAAAUCAUGAAAGAUCCCGUCACCACCCCAACCGGAAUCACCUACGAUCGUGAAAGCAUCGAGCGGUGGCUCUUCAUCGACCGCCGUCUAACGUGCCCGGUCACCAACGAGCCCCUCCCGUCGGACGCCGAGCUCACCCCGAACCACACCCUCCGCCGCCUCAUUCAAUCAUGGUCAACGCUCCACGCCACUAACCGCAUCCCCACGCCACGCCCACCUGCAGACUACGCAACCGUCCAAAAUCUCCUUCGCAAUAUCUCCCGGCCAUCCUCCCUCUCCCUUCUCUCCUCCCUCGCCGCCGAAUCCGAAUCCAACCGCCGACUCAUCCUUCGCGCCGAUGGCCCCCGCCGUCUUCUCUCCUUCCUCCCCUCCGCCUCCACUUCCUCCGCCGACGCCGCUCUCUCCCUCCUCCUCGCCCUUCGCGUCCCCGUCGACGACCUCAGACCAUUCAUAUCCGACAAUCACGAACUCAUCCACUACCUCACCACCCUCAUCUCGCAAUCCUUUUCCGCCAUCCUAUUCCUAAAAACCGCCUUCGAACUCGCUAGCCCGAAGCUGCUGGAACGGCUAAAGGUCGAAGCUUUUCAAGCCGUCGUGGGGAUAAUUCGCGACGGGAUAUCGAAACAGGGGACUAAAGCUGCCCUGCAGAUGCUGCUGCUAUCGUGCCCGUGGGGGACGAGCAGGGCGAAGAUCGUGGAGGCGGGAGCUGUGGCGGAGAUUAUUGAGAUGGAGCUGAGGGGAAACGCGGAGAAGAGGAUGACGGAGUUGGGGCUCGGCGUGCUGGAGCAGUUGUGUAUGUGUGCGGAUGGUAGAGCGGCGUUGGUGGGGCACGCGGCGGGGAUAGCGCUAGUGGCACAAAGGAUGAUAAAGGUGUCGCCGGCGGCGGAUGAGAAGGCGGUGGGAAUAUUGACGGCGGUGGCAAAGUACUCGGCCACGUCGGGGGAGAUUGUGAAGGAGAUGAUGAUGGUGGGUGCGGUGUCGAAGCUUUGUUUGGUUAUGCAGGCGGAGUGUUUGAGUGGGGUGAAGGAGAAGGCAAGCUGGGUGCUGAGGUUACAUUCCAGAGCUUGGAAGAACUCGCAUUGUUUUAAUUCUGAUUUAUUGUCUAGGUAAAACUUGGAUCGAUCAUCUGUAACUAGUUCUCUAAUUUGAUUUUUUUUUUUUUUUUUGAGAAAAUUUUAGGGGAAAUAGUUCAA